AUGAUAUUUAAGUUAAAUAUUCGACGACGAUGUUAUUAUUUAUGGUAUUCAACAUCUGUUCAAUCUAUGCGAUUAAUAAUUUUCUUUGGAAUAAUUUUGUUAAUUUUUAAAUUGAUUAUGUUAACAAGAAGAGAAACUUGUUGGCUUGAUAAAUAUCGUUCUCGUCUUUUUUGUUUUGUAUUAACAAAUGAAGCAAAUUUGGAAAAUCGAGCUCGUGCUGUAUAUGAAACAUGGGGACGUCGAUGUGGUCGAUUUGUAUUAGUUACUCGAUUAAAUUCUUCUAUAAAAUGUAAAAAUGAAAAUGGAAAAUCUGUUGGAAAAUGUGAAUUGCCAAUAGAAAAUAUUCCAACAUUGCCAGAUGAAACUUAUUCACAUUUAUCAGAUAAAGUUCGUGCAUCACUUAUUUUUUUUAAUAAAUAUUAUCCAAAUUAUGAUUGGUAUCUUAAAGCAGAUGAUGAUACUUAUAUUAUUGUAGAAAAUUUACUUCGAUUUUUGAUUAGUACCAUUAAACGAUAUCCAAAACCACUAUUAUAUGGUUAUCGAUUUCGUGAAGAUUACUAUGUAAGUGGAGGUGCUGGAUAUGUAUUAACACGUCAAGCAGUUGAUUUAUUAUCUUCAUAUAUUAAAAAUGAUUCAAUAUAUUCUGAAUGUAAAUCAUCAAUGGAAGAUAUGAUGGUGGGACAAUGUUUACAAAAAAUACUUCAAUUAGUACCUUUUCAUAUAAAAAAAGAUUUAACAUUAGUUGGAGAAACAAUUGAUGAACAUGGAAGAGAAAGAUUUCAUCCACUUGCUUUUCGUGUUCAUUUUAAUGGACCUUCAAAUAAAACUAAAAGAGAAUGGAUUCAUUUUAGACCUUUUCAUCAUACUAUAUUUGGUUAUGAAGCUUUAAGUGAAACUACAAUUAGUUUUCAUUAUACACAACCAAGUGAUAUGUAUCAAAUUGAUUCAUUUAUUUAUGAUAUUCGACUAUUUGAUAAACAAGUGUGUCGUUUACAUUUAUAA